AUGGCUAAUCAGCAGGAGACUGUUACCAAGAAUCUACUAGAUCCUCUACUAGAUGGUGAGAAUAUUGACCAAGCGAUCAAAGAUCUCAUGGUUACCCAGCUGAUCGAGGAAAAGAUAUAUUCUAUUAUGUUGCUGGCCAAUGUCGGUGAAGAAACUGUUACACGUAUGACUGGUCGCAUCCCAGCUGAACAACAACAAUUCUUUAAACUACAUCUGGUCUCACUGGUUGAGGAGGCCAAGGCCUGGCGUACAGCCAAGCGUCGCAGGCAGGAGCAAGAGAAAGAGGCUAAUGAUCUAGCGUCUUACCGGGACAACCUUCGCCACAGAUUUGGCAAGAAGGUCGAGCUUCCCACUAACAUUAUGCCUCCUACAAGUUUGAUUGCUAAGGUCGGGAAGGCACCUUACGACUACAUUCCAGUUCAAGAAUUUCUCGGCACAUCAUCUUCCUCUCCUAACAAUACCAAAGUGAAGCAUCUUGAAGAUAUCAAUACCGGUAAGAUGGCAGCGGUCAGGAUUGGGAAGGUCAAGAAGAUCAACACGUUGGCACAGGGGGUUGAGGGCUUCGCCAAGUGGUGCAUGGCAUUGCUCAUGGUGGAACCUGACAAUCAGGUGGUGAAUCCUCUCGGUAUGCUUUCUUAUUUGGUUCGAGUAGUCUCCCUGGCUGAGGAGAAGUCCCCGCGUUCUGCUAUUCUCUUCGAUCAUUCCUACCGGUCGAAACUGACAGCCUUUCAUGAAGCAGGGCACAGCAUAUCUCAAGUUCUGACUAACGACCUUGCGCCCUCCUUAUAUGUUGGUGCGCAGCUGGGAAUUUUGGAAGACAAAGAUCACAUUUAUGGGAAGGAUGUAGGAAGUCAUACUGAUGAGGUCUGCAUCUUCUACGAGCGAGUCCCGCUCGGACUAUCCUUCCCCAAAGAGGCAACGAAGGAGAUCUCCGGUUCGCCAGGAGAGAGGUCCCAAGAGUGGCGUCAACUCAUCCAAUCAUUCAAAAAACUAGCUGGUGGCCGUCCUCGCGAUCGAACGGCCCUUCUCUCCAUCGAUCGAUCUUCCAUUGAGGUACAGCCCUCUCGAAUCUGUGGAGAUUACGUUGCAAGAGGUAAUUUGACUAAAGGCGAUGGGUGCUGGCCGUACGAUUUCCCGCCAUGCGCUCAUCAUAUCAAUGACACCAAGUACCCCAAAUGCCCUAAGGGCUCAUACGAGACUCCCAACUGUGUUGAACAAUGCCACAACCCGAAGUAUACAACAAGUUUGAAAAAUGAUCGUCAUUACAUGCUGGAAUCCUCUCCGUAUCAAUACUCUGUGAACAAUGCCAAAAAUGCUAUCAGAACUGAUGGCCCAAUUUCGGCUUCGUACCUUGUUUACGAAGAUUUCCUAGCCUACAAGUCCGGUGUAUACAAGCAUACUUCUGGUUCAUACCUCGGUGGACAUGCUGUGAAGAUAAUUGGUUGGGGUGAGGAGAAUGGAGAAGCUUACUGGCUUGUCGUGAACUCCUGGAAUGAAGACUGGGGUGACCAGGGCCUUUUCAAGAUAGCCCUUGGAAACUGUGAAAUAGAUGACGACCUGCUUGGUGGUACACCUAAAGUUUGA